GCGAGGGAUCGAUCCUGGGAGGAGGGGCGCCUUCUCUUUUCGCCUCCUUCUGCCCUGCGGAACUCCCUGCCGCGGUGGGAGGGGAGGGGAGAAUCUAAGCGGCCCGCUCCACCUUUAGAGGCUAUUGUCUAACCAGAAGACAGACCUCUCAUCCAGCCGCUAUGCAGAGUGAGGAUCCCAAAGAGGACAAGAGCCCCGAGAAGAGCGAGGCCAUGGGCAAGGCCUCCGAAGCAGAGCCCGAGCAGCUUGCUGACUUCAGCACAGAAAUUAUGAGCGUCACGGAGAUGGAGCAGUCCCCGGAGAACUCUCCUGGCACCCCUCCCCAGGAAGAGGAGCCCCAGGACAGCGAAAUGGCAGAAGAAGAGGCCACAGCGACUGCUAGUCCUGUUGAGCCUUCAUUCCCUCCUGAGUUUGAGAAGUUCUGGAAAGUCGUUGAGACAAACCCGCAGGAUUUCACAGGCUGGGUCUAUCUCCUGCAGUAUGUAGAGCAAGAGAACCACUUGCUGGCUGCCAGGAAAGCUUUUGACAGUUUUUUCACACACUACCCGUAUUGCUACGGUUAUUGGAAAAAAUAUGCGGACCUUGAGAAGCGGCACGGCAACAUAAAGCAGUCGGAUGAGGUGUACCGGAGGGGGCUCCAGGCUAUACCUCUUAGCGUUGAUCUCUGGAUCCAUUACAUCAACUUCCUCAAGGAGACUCUGGAUACCAGUGACCCUGAAACUGUUGGGACCAUUCGAGGGACCUACGAGCAUGCCGUGUUGGCCGCAGGGACAGAUUUCCGCUCUGAUAAACUCUGGGAAAUUUAUGUCAACUGGGAAAACGAACAAGGUAACCUGAAGGCUGUCACAGCCGUCUUUGAACGCAUUCUGGGGAUUCCAACGCAGCUGUACAGCCAUCACUUCCAAAGGUUCAAAGAACAUGUCCAGAAUAACUUGCCCCGGGACAUUCUGACCACUGAGCAGUUUGUUCAGCUGCGGAGAGAACUGGCAUCUUCUGCCAACAGCCACGGUGGAGAGGACCCACCGCCUGGAGAUGACCUCCCUUCCGGAACAGAAGAUAUAACAGACCCCGCUAAGUUAAUCACUGAAAUAGAAAACAUGCGCCACAGAAUUAUUGAGAUUCAUCAGGAGAUGUUCAAUCACAAUGAGCAUGAAGUGAGCAAGCGGUGGACCUUUGAGGAGGCGAUAAAACGGCCCUAUUUCCAUGUGAAACCUCUGGAGAAAACCCAGCUGAAGAACUGGAAAGAGUACUUGGACUUUGAGAUCGAGAACGGCACUCACGAGCGCGUGGUGGUCCUCUUUGAGCGAUGCGUGAUCUCCUGUGCCCUCUAUGAGGAGUUCUGGAUCAAGUAUGCCAAGUACAUGGAGAACCACAGCAUCGAAGGGGUGAGGCACGUCUACAGUCGGGCUUGCACGAUACACCUUUCCAAGAAGCCGAUGGUCCACUUGCUCUGGGCUGCCUUUGAAGAACAGCAGGGAAACAUCAACGAAGCCAGAAGGAUCCUGAAGACUUUUGAAGAGAACGUUUCUGGACUGGCCAUGAUCCGUUUGCGCAGAGUGAGUUUGGAGCGGAGGCACGGGAACUUGGAAGAGGCGGAGCACCUCCUGCAGGAAGCCGUGAAGAACGCCAAGUCGAGCUACGAAGCCUCCUUCUUUGCCGUCAAACUGGCGCGGCACCUCUUCAAAAUCCAGAAGUCCCUCCUGAAAGCUCGCAAGGUGCUCUUGGAGGCUAUCGACAGAGACGGGGUACGUUCCUUCCUGAAGGUUUGCCGGAUAUCACAGUGCUUCUUGAGGGGCUUUUGUGUUGGCAACUGUGAUGACUUGUGUGACUCUGCAGUGCGCAUUGAUGUGCCAUGGAGACGCCAGUCCCUCUAAACUGAUGUUGCCUGCCUGCCACUCCCUCGCAAGGAGAGGUUAGCUGCUGUCACUGGAAGCAAGAGGGGGCCUGAUCCCAGUUUCAGGCAGCGGCCUCCUGCUGUGAUUAUGGUCUCUUGGUCCCUUCAAACUCUGAAGAUGCUGCACCUGUUACCUACCCUGUCGUAGGAGACCAGACUCCCUGAUAAUCUCAGUCUGAAAACACUUGUUCAUUUACUCCAGUUGCAGUCUUUGAACUGUGUAUUUAUUUGAAAGGUGGUUUUAAUGGGAAAAAGGAGAAAGAUCUUUAGGGGAAGGUGAUGUGAUCAUAACGAUAAAGAAUUCUGCCACAAUGUCCCCCUUCCCGUUUACUGGAAUGGCCCCUCAAGGC